AUGUCGGUUCUCCAACAGCCUCCAGAGCCCCAGUCGUUAGCCACGACGCCUGUGGCCUCGUGCUACACCUACUCGCACCUCGACGACUUGAACUGCCCCAAGACGUCGUACCGCCUGCCCUUGGCAGUCAUUGCGCUCGUGGACAUGAACGCGUUCUUUGCUCAGGUAGAACAGAUCCGCUUGGGACUUUCUCCACAAGAUCCCGUGGUGUGUGCCCAGUGGCAGUCGCUCAUCGCCGUGUCGUACGCUGCUCGUAAGUACGGCAUCAACCGUAUGGACACCAUCCAGUCAGCACAGUCCAAAUGCCCCAACUUGGUGGUGGGACACGCGGCUGUGUUCAAGAAAGGCGAGUCCCACUGGUCGUACUUGAACGAGCCUCCCAACCAGGCCAUCCACAAGGUAUCACUCGACCCCUACAGACGCGAGAGCCGCAAGAUCUUGAAGAUCUUCCAGGAGAACUGCGAUCUCGUGGAAAAGGCUAGUGUGGACGAGUCGUACCUCGAUUUGGGCCGGCUCGUUUACCAGAAACUCAUGGAGCUCUUCCCUCAAUUGGCGCCUGCCAACCGUGGCCUGGCCCCAGUAUUGCCUCCCAUCCCUUCCAAACUUCCUUCCGAGCUCCACUGGGUGGGUGAGGUGAUUUCUACCGACAAGGAAGACGCAUAUGCUAGCGAACAGGGCUUGUUGAGCGAGUCACAGAAGGGAGAGGCUCCUGUGCCGUCAGUGUGUGACUGGGACGAUGUUUGCAUGCUUAUAGGGUCGCAAAUCCUCCUCCAGUUGCGCCAGCUAGUGUACCAGAAAUUGGGCUACUUCACCUCAGGAGGCUUGGCCAGAAACAAGCUCGUGGCAAAGGUGGCAGGAGGCUUCAGAAAGCCCGAUAACCAGACCAUCGUGCGAACCAGGCUGGUCCACAAGUUCUUGAAUAAUUUCCAGCUCAAUGACAUCUCAGGCAUGGGUGGAAAAAUGGGCGACCACAUCGUCCAGAAAUUCGACAUUCCGCCAGGCACCAAUACCAUCAGCUACAUCAGAGAACAGGUGUCUCUCGAGGCCCUUGAAGAAGAAAUUCCCGAAAAAUCCCUUGCCAAAAAGGUGUACGACAUGGUCCGAGGCGAUCACAAGCUGGAAUUGACGCAUAGGGUCGAGGUCAAGUCGAUGAUGUCACGGAAGAACUUCAUGGCCCGCAAGCCGCUAGAGACAUUUCAGGAUGCUUAUGACUGGAUCGUGGUAUUUGCAGGUGAUCUCUACAAUAGGUUGAUUGAGUUGGACGAUGAGAGUUUGAAUUUGUCCAUGCUGCAGAGCUCCAAUAAGGAUAAGGGAACGAUCAAGAGGCCCAAAACGAUUACAGUGGCCGCCACCUCCAGUAGCUAUAGUUCUCAUUCUCGCCAGGCACCCAUACCAUUAACCAUUUCUUUGGAGAAACUAAAGUCCAUUUUUGAAACUAUGGGGAUGAAACUCUUGAGAGACCUCUUGGACUCCACCUCCAAUUUGGAGGUUUUGAAUAAAAAGAGCCUUAUUGAGUUAGAGAAAGACAAAACACCUCUAUCAAAAAUAAAGAUUCAUCCAAUAGCGAACCUUUCGCUCGUUAUAUCUGGUUUCGUCAAAACUAAUGACACCAGCCUUAUUGACACUUAUGGAGGGCGAGGUGAAAAUGGAAAUUACAAGGAGGACCUCAAGAAGAUGUUUGAGGAAGUAAAUAAUGAGGCCCUUCUAAAAAAGACCAAGAUUUCACCACGGCCGGUGGUGAAAAAGGACAGCAACAUAUCCAAUGAGGACAAAAAGUACAUCAAUAAGCUUUUCACCGACUUCCAUGCUCAAGAUCCAGAAGUAAAACGCAAGACCCCUACUCCCUCCCCUCCACCAACAUUCAAGCCUUCCACUAAGGAUGAUGCCUACAUUAAAAAGCUAUUCCAAGACUUCAACGAGGAAAAUCAGAAGAGAGAAAAGAACACUCACUCUAUAGCUAAUUCCGAGAAGGUUAGGCGGACUAUCAAAAGACCACAGGCAGAUAUUCUCCAGUCAUUAAAGAAAUCAAAACCAGUUGAAGAACCAUUUUUGGACCGUCUCAUUAGAACCAGAUUUUGCAACAAAUGCCAACAACAAAUUGAAGAUGUGUUCGAACAUAGUGAUUACCAUAUUGCGCUUGAUCUUUCCGAGAAGCUAAACAAGAGUUAG